AUGCCAGCAUCGCACUUACUAUACUUUGAACUGGACUCUAUCCAACCCAUUACUGAGAUUUUAUGGCUGGCUCUCUUCCUCAAAGCGGAAGAGGAACGAAGGCAGGAAACAGAAUUGCGAAGGCAGGCAGAAGACCGAGAGAAACAAGAGGCAGAGUUACGAAAGCAGGAAACAGAAUUGCGAAGGCAGGCAGAAGACCGAGAAAAACAAGAGGCAGAGUUACGAAAGCAGGCAGAAACGCAUACCCGACCGACAACUUUUAGGGUGUUUAUUCAAGCCUGUCACGAUCUGCUUUCUUGUCCGCUGAAAGCCGGCACACCAACUAAGUCCACGAAGGGCAAGAUCCCGCCACCUACUGGAAAAUACUGCCCAACACGGCUUCGCUACUGGUCGGACUGUCCAGCACAGCAGCAGGAAAUUUUUGAUGCGGUUUACACUUACCUGCAACCUACAGAGGAAGAUGCACUCCAGAUAUUCGCACCCCUAGCUGAAUUACACGGCCUCAGUCGACGCUUUUCCCGCCGAGAGCUGCGAAGUGAAAAGGACCUUGAGAGUUACGAGCGAUUCGCAGUCGAGGACCAUGUCCAUGAUAUCAUAGCUGAACUGUGCAAGAUACCGGGCGCCCGACAGAGAUUCCAACUUGGCAACGGGAUUAUGUUUGACAACCAUUCGAAUGCCUUAGAGGAGCCAGAAGAUGACGAUGAAACACCAAGUACACAAUAUUCGAGACCGGACCAGUUUUGUAUCCAUCGAGUCGACGGCACCACCAAUACCUUACUGACCACGGUCGAGUACAAGCCGCCGCAUAAGCUCAGAAUAGAGGACGUACGAUCGGGCCUCCGAUCCAUGGAGUUUUGGAAGGAUGUCGUUAACCGGAACAAAAUACCUACCGAUAAGAAUCAAAAGCUGAAGUACAACGCAGAACAACUGGUUGGCUCUGUGUUGACUCAAGAAUAUCACGUUAUGAUUCAAGAGGGCCUAGAAUACUCUUAUAUCACGAACGGGUUGUCUUUGAUUCUUCUCCGGAUUCCAUAUGACGAUCCGAGUACGCUCUAUUACUAUCCCUGUGAACCCAAUCUCGACGUGAAUCUGGGGAAUCCCGAUAGCUUUCUCCAACCGAAAACCGCGAUCGCUAGGGUGUUAUGCCUCUGCUUGAUGUGUUUCCAUUCCCGGAUCCGUGAUCAGGCAUGGCGGCAAGCUGCAAGAUCUCAGUUACAUAUAUGGGAGACGAGUUUCGACCAUACACGGUCCCAGAUUCCUAAUGAAGAGCUACAGCAAGCCCCUCCUGACUCAGAAUAUACAAGCUCGGAAUAUACUAGCUCGGAACAUGCAGGCUCCGAAUAUUUGCCCUCAUCUCCAUUAUCGCCCACCAAGCAAACGCGUCAACCCUCCGCCCGGUCUCGACACAAAUGCGCAGACACGGAAACGUCACCUCAAAGAGAGGAUAUGGAUUCGUCUGAUUCUGACACCAGCCCAGCUACACAGGGUCGAAAGCGAGGCUUCAGCCAAAUCAUAUCUUCUCCGCCUAGUCAACGUUCACCGACACGUCCAACGGAUUCGACACCUCCUUCUAAUGGUCAAUACCAGCAGCAUACAUCACGAUUCUGUACGCAACGGUGUCUGUUGGGUCUGCAGCGGGGGGGUGUAUUAGAUGGUCUUUGUCCUAAUGUCGAUCUCCAUCGGCAAGGCGAAAAGCGUGACCGACAUAGUAUUGAUGCGAAACAGCUAGUGCAGCUGCUAAAAGGGCAGCUCGAUCAAGACCUCGACCACAACUGUACACCGUUCGGAGUUUGUGGAUCAUAUGGUGCGCCAUUCAAGAUUACAUGUGCUACAUAUGGUUACACAAUAGUUGGAAAGGGGACAACUUCCCGACUCUGGAAGGAGGUCUCCCGUGAAGUAGAAGUAUAUCAGGUUCUCCAGAAGGCACAGGGGCUUGCAGUCCCAGUUUUUCUUGGAGCUAUUGAUUUGAAAACGAUCUUCUUUCUCCACGGAGCUGGCGAGAUCCGACAUAUGCUGCUUAUGGGUUGGGCGGGAGAGAGUAUCAGAACAACAGAGAGCUUGGCGCUACGCCAGGAGAUCUCGAAGUCACGGAGGCAAAUUCGUGAAUUAGGAGUCGUGCAUGGGGACCUGCGGUUUGAGAAUAUGUUAUGGAAUGAUGAACUGCGUCGGGUCAUGAUCAUAGAUUUUCACCGGUCUCAAAUUGACCGCCGGCCGACAAGACAGCGGGUUGGAUCUUUGAAGAGACCACCCAACCUCAAUAUACAGACGCUCCGGUCUAAACGGCCUCACCUUCUCUAUACAUGAGUAUAUCCGUCGACCAUUUUCGUACGAUGGGAUCGCCAACACGGUUCACUUGACUCUGAUGAGCUAUGCCGAGAGAAAUCUGGCUAGGCGACAUGAAAUUGAUCAGGCUCAGCUCAUUAGACAGAUCGAGACAUUGUUAUGGGCAUUUCAUGAUCACGUAAAUACCACAUCAUUACCAUCAAGUAUUGUAUCAGUGAUUGAUCUUCACGCGUUCCAGCCGUGGUUAUAUCUUAAGAGGCUGAUGAAUUAGGCCUGAGGAUUGCCUCAGCCUAGGUGACAGGAGCACUAGUCCUAGAAUAGAUUAGUCACAGAAAG